GGGGGACAGAGAGGGGGGGAAAGAAAGGGAGAGACGGAGAGAAGAAAGAAAAGUUGGUCCAUAAAGAGAAAAAAAAUUCUCUUUGAGAUUUGCAGGAGGAACAAAGAAGAAAGAAAAAGAGGACUGAAGGAAAAAGAGAGAAGAGAGGAAAGUUGAGAAAAGGAACAGAAGAGAAAGAGAAAAGGAGAGACAGAAAGAGGGAGGGAGGAGGGGAAAGAGAGUGACUAACUGGACUGUUGAAUAGAGGAAGUGUGUGAAUAAAGGAAAGAAACGGAGUGACUCAGUGGACUUAGUGAAAAAGGAAGUGUGAGUGUGUGUGUGUGAGUGUGUGUGUGUGUGUGUGAGUGCAUGUGAACGCAGUGAGACACUCAGAGCUCCAUGUGGAUCAGUAAUGCCGGAAUGGAGAGAGACAGAAUCUCAGCACUGAAGAGGUCAUUUGAGGUCGAGAACGUGGAUUCAUCUUCGCAGUCUUCCUCUCCUCACAUGCGUCGCUCUCCCUCCAUCCAGCGCAGCUCCAUCUCUCCGUCCAUCAGCCGCCAUCAUGAGCUCGGUGCCAACGGUGCCAUCAAACCCAAACCACAGACUCCUGAAGCUGCUUCACGCCGCGCAGAGCUCAGCAUUGGCAUCAACACCAAAGCCGUCGACAGCUCACCCAGUGCUGGCAUCUCCCGCUUCAGCCUGAGGAAGCCCGACGUUUCAGGCCACAACAAGAUGCCAGAGGUGCAAAAGCCCUCUGGAAUGUUCAGCAAGACCCACGAGACCACCGCUCCAAUCGUCAGGACGCCAUCCAAUGCCAGCGCGAGACAACUCCCCGAGACUCCUUUCCGGAGGAACGAACCCCCGGAGAGCAGCGUCAGCAAGCCAGAGGUCAAAGGUCAGGAGAAUCAUCAACAUUCAUCUGCGAUCACAAUCAGGUGCUCAUCUCCCAGUCAUGCUGAACGGAAAUCACCCAUCAAUGAUGCACACAGAUCAGAGAUCAGCACCGGUUUCCACGGCAACAUGGCAGACAAGGGGGUGGACAAGGGGGCGGAGCUUGGCUACGUGGGCAUCGAUGCCAUUUUGGAGCAGAUGAAGAGGAAUGCGAUGAAGCAGGGCUUCGAGCUCAACAUCAUGGUAGUGGGUCAGAGCGGUCUCGGUAAAUCCACUCUCAUUAACACUCUGUUCAAGUCCAAAGUGAGCCGCAGGUCAGUGAUGCCGAGCGAGGAGGAGAGAAUUCCCCAAACCAUCGAGAUCAAGUCCAUCAGCCACGACAUUGAAGAGAAAGGUGUGAAGAUGAAGCUGACGGUGAUCGACACACCAGGAUUCGGAGAUCAGAUCAACAACGAGAACUGCUGGAUGCCGAUCAUGAAGUUCAUUAACGAGCAGUACGAGGCGUUUCUGCAGGAGGAGAUCAACAUCAGCAGGAAGAAGAAAAUUCCAGACACACGUGUGCACUGCUGCAUUUACUUCAUCCCACCGACAGGACACUGUUUGCGGCCAAUAGAUAUUGAGUUCAUGAGGCACCUGAGUAAAGUGGUGAACAUUGUUCCGGUGAUUGCUAAAGCUGACACGCUAACGCUGGAGGAGAGAGACUUCUUUAAAAAGAAGAUCAGGGAGGAUCUGCGAGCCAAUGAGAUUGAGGUUUACCCUCAGACGGAGUUUGAUGAGGACGCAGAGGACAGAAUAAUCAACGAGAAGAUCAGGGACAUGAUACCCUUUGCUGUGGUUGGCAGUGAUCAGGAGUACCAGGUGAACGGGAAGAGACUUCUGGGUAGGAAAACACGAUGGGGCACAGUAGAAGUGGAGAACGUAGUGCACUGUGAGUUUGCGUAUCUGCGGGAUUUGCUCAUCAGGACACACAUGCAGAAUCUGAAGGACAUCACCAGCAGUAUUCACUACGAGGUGUAUCGCGUCCGCCGACUCACCGAGAGCAACACACACACCACACACUCCAACGGAGAGGCCAACGGCGUGCUCACACACGAGAUGUAGACGUCCAUCCUAUCUGUCCAUCCGAUCUGUCCAUCCUUCCAUCACUCUGUUCCUCCAGAUCCAACAUGUGGACUGUAGAAAUGCUAGUACAUAUCCGUGAUGUGAAACUGAAGUGUGUGUGUGUGUGUGUGUCUUUAGCAUCAUGCGCGCUGCCUAAAUCUCAGAGCGAUGAUGUAAAACUUCAAGCUGGAGUAAUUUUUUUUUAAAAAAAGUACUGAAGUUGCGUUAUGAUGUCACAAGGCUAACAUUAGCUCGCUAAUGCAAACACACGCUGAUUAGCCUAGGUCAUUUUGAAGCACAGUUCAAAAUCUUCGCUAAAUGACCAACUGAACAUUAUUUUGGAAACUAAAAUGAAUUAGCUUUGUUUUAAGUAUUUUAUAUUUAUGGAUAUAAACGUGAAAGAUAAUUGUCAUUACAUCAAAUUGUGUAAUUUAUCUCAACAAUGUGUUAUUGAGUAGUUUAGCUUGCUAGUCAUAGCUGAGUGAGUUAAUUAGGAACCGUUAACCGUUAAGUUAACGCUAGCUAAGCUAACUAGGAUUAACCAAAACACCAAAGGUGAGUUAGCUGAGUUAACCAGCUAGGUAUAGGUUUGUUAGUGGAUAAAAAAUGUGUGUUAGCUAGUUAGUGUUAGUGUAGUGACAUCAUUACGUAAUUUUAUUUUUUGUGCCAGAAGCACGGGUUUCUUUCUUUCUUUAAAGAGCUAAUUGGAAGUUAGUUGCCAUGGUAACUGUUUUCCAUUAGCAUUCAUACAUUUCUAUCCAUGUUAGCAUUGUUUCCCAUGUUAAUUUCGCAACACACAAAUGAACUGAAACCUUCGAUAAUUUUUUUUUAAAUGCGUAAAAAGCGAAAGCUAAGAGAAAAGCACCUGGCAUCAUGCUAGCCGUGUUAAUCGUUAGCAUGCUAGCUGACGUUUCCGCACGUUUCUAGCCACGUUAGCAUGUUUCCUGUCCGCUUCACACACCGCCUUUAAAUAUUUUAACUUUAUGUCGUGUUCGUGUUGUUUGGACGUAAAAAGACUUUCUGUAAGGAAUUUUUCACCUUGUAUGUGUAUGUAUGUGUGUGUGUGUGUGUGUGUGUGUGUGUGUGUGUGUGAAAGUAAAA